AAGAAAAACUGCAGCUCAAAUACCACAGGAUACAAAAAUACUAGAAGAUGUUAUUAUAGAUAUUACAGGACACAAAAAUUCACAAGGAGUAUGUAUAUAUAAAAGUAUAAAUAAAAGCCAAAAAAUUAGUAUGAUUAAAACUUUAGUUAAUACAUUAGAACUUGCAUCAAGUAUAAAUCAAGAAUCUCAUACUAAUACAGUACUUACUGAAAUUACUGAAUUUCAUAUCAAUAUGAAUACUAUCACUAAACAAAAUGUUAAUAUAGUUCAAGAUCAAGUCUAUAAGGAAUUUCAAGAUUAA